GCUUCCAAUGCUUCACUUCCAUGCCUGAAGAUUCCCUCAAAUUCUCGUGCCAUUGAAUUAACUGCAAAUUCAGCAUGCAACUAUUCUUAAAAAGGAAUCCGUUUCAUCAAUUUCUACAGUUCCGUCCGUAAAGUUUCGAUGCAGAUACUGUUAAAUCUUCCGAUGCAAAGCUGGGCUUCCAUUUAAGGCGAGCACGGAGCAGAAUCAAGCUAUAUGCAUGUGCUUUGUUUGGAUUAGAAUUCUCUCUCAAAUGGUAUUGGUAGGGUAAGUAGGUCCUUUUUCCUGAACUUUCGAAGAAAAUGCCGCCAGAGCAAGGUCCUCCGACGCCUCGAAGCUCCGCUUACAUCAACGCCCUCACACAGGAAAUCCAGAAGAAGCUUCAACGGGCGUUGUCAUCUCCAUCGCAAAGACGCAAUAUAUUGCAAGAGUUGUUUGCUGAUAUAGCACUGGAAGUGGAUGAUCGAGCCAGAGAGAGAAUUCUCAGCACUGAAGAGGAUGUAAUAUCUCCUGCAGAAGAUGACAUUAAUGGUCCAUUAUGCUUUUAUGAUGUGCUUGCUGAUUACUAUGUUAGGGUGCCUGAGAGUGGAAGACCUAUCCUUGAUUUGAUUGUUCAACUGUGGAGCCAGUCAUUUGCUUCGCAUAUAUUCUUCCUUUUGUUCCACAAAUGGCUGUUUGAAGUCCAACUGGACAAUGCUGACGUACUCCUUCGCUAUUCAUCUGCACUUGUUCAAGGUGCAACAAAUGUUUUCUGGAUUGAUAUCCAGACAAAUGCAAGGCGCUUUCAGUCUCUCUUUUGGUAUCUUCUUGAGGAGGUUGCAAUGGAGCCCAGACGGUUAAAUAAAAUCCCACUACAGGUCCAGCGAGAUCUUUAUCUUUUACUUGCAAGGUUCAUAUUCUUUUACAACUCAGUUGACAAACUUGAAAGCUUCCUGAAGCACUGUCCUGCUUUUCCAAAUGCUUUCCUUGUUGGGGGACCUGCAGACAUAUUUGUUAUCGAACUUGCAGACCAGCUUCAGAAGCUAAAGGUGGAGCCAGUUCUCCUCCAUUACCUUUCACAGAUUAAGGUGCUCCAGGGCAUGGAACUUAGAAUGACCACAAGUACAAGGUUGAAGACCAGUCUGUAUAGCUUUACUUCUCCUGGAGGUCCAAUGUAUCCUACAAGAGCUGUUCGUCAUGCAGCCUGGGAUGCCUUGGAUUUUCUUUUUCCUGUUGGGCGUUAUCCCCGGCACCUUAUAAGUUUGUUUUUCCGACUGCUAUAUCCAUGGUACUGGCCAUCCUCUUGUUGGAACUUUGUUAUAUCUUGCAUAAAAGCAGUGUUUUAUUCCCUAAUGAGGAUGCUGUUUUCAAGAUGGGAGGAGGUGAGAGCGCCGAAGAGGUCCUAAGCAUUCGCUGCCAUAAGGUGCCGUGUUUUGAAGUUGUGUUCUAUAUUUAUUUAUGUGCUUUUGCUUGCGCUGAUUUACUUUUUGGUGUUUCAGUACAGUUAUAAAAGGUGCCUAUUUGUAAUGCAUUCUGUGAAUGGUACUGUUGAUCUUCUAGAUUAGGCAACUUCUGAAGCCACUGCACACACUAAUUUGUUCAAAAUCACCAUUAAGGAACAUGCAUGGGUCAUACCCUCCUCCACUACACAAUUGAUGAUUGAGGAAUCAUCAAUGCACGUAUGAUUGUAAUUUUUUUUUUCUUUUUAUAAAUUUUACAAUUAUAA